GUUGAAAAAUGGUCACCCAUAUUUGACAUCUGGUUGGAACAACUCUUCCGGAACAAAGAGAGAGCAGCCCCCCUCUGUAUCAUUUCAGAAGUUCACUUCAAGGACUCUGAUGCCAGCUCCUGCUGCAAGAAGGUCUAUCCCAAAUGGUGCUCCAUGUGCUUUGUCUCAGACUCCUGUUCACAACUCCAGUACAGACAGAUCAUCUGCUUCACUGCUUCUGCGAUCUCGCAUGCAUUUGGGCAGUCACAACACAAAGAAGGCAUUUCAAAACUCUGUUCAUAAAACAUACUCUGGGGACCUCCUGGACAGACAUUCAGCCUACUUUACAGAAAAGAAGCAAUGUUUUAGCCCUCGGAUCUUAAAGACAUCACAUCAAUCUUUUCUUAUGAAGUAUAGGUAUUAUAAUCCUCCUUCAAGAAAAAGGAGCUCCUCCCCUAGCAGACCACCAUUUAAAUCAUCAGACAUCAGUAACGAAAAGAAAAGCGAGUUGCACAGAUUUUUAGAAGAUUCACACGUGAGACCCCAUUCUGUUCACUUCUCUCAACAGCCAGUUGAGGUUGGUGUACUCAGUGUGUUACAAAGUAAAAAGAGUGAAGCAUACUGUUCAUACACAAAAGUGUCCUGGUUACGUGGAAAUGAAAUGGAUAAUGGAUUCAUUGGCUUUGCUGAAUAUAUGUAA